AUGGUAAUUGUCUUGUAUACAUGCUGCCAUCAGCCGCUAAGGAAAUUAACAAAGAAAGAAAUAGCCAAAUUAGGAGGCGGAGCUAUGGCCGCUGUUUGGGGCGGUGACCCGGGCGGUAUGACGCUGGAGCUCUCGCUCGAGAUGAACAAGAGGCUGCAGGCGCUGCUCGAGGACACCUUGCUAAAGAACAUCACUCUUAAGGAAAAUCUUGACACACUCGGUGAGGAGAUUUCGAGGUUAAAAGCGGAAAGAAGCGACCCUACAGAUAGUAAAUAA